GGAGUGGAGCAAUGUGGCUUCUCCCCAGCUUUCAGGCCAGCCUGGCCUGGGCUCUCCUCAGCGCGGCGCUGGCCACACAGUUAAGUUUGCAGGAAAGUUUGCUGUUAAAAUCCCUGGGUUUGAGCACCAAACCCAGCCCCAAAACCCACGGUCCUGUUCCCUGUGUGCUGUGGCGGAUCUUCCAGAGGAGGAAAACGCUGCCUUCCACAAGCAAAGACCUGGGAGAUGCCUGUAGGGUGGAGGAAUUUAAUGUCCCCGGGAACAUCAUCCGUGUCUUCGCUGACCAAGGCCACUUCAUUCACAACGGGCAGCCCCCCAGGCUGCUGUGCCUGCGGAAGCGCCUGUACUUUAACCUCUCCGUGCUGGAGGAGGACGAGCGCCUGACCAUGGCUCAGUUGGAGAUCAAAUUCAGCCACAACUCCUACCCUAGCCCCAGCCAGGGGCAGGGCUUGGAGCUGAGGCUCUACCGCAGCUCCCGGCUGGCUCUGCAGGGGACACCGGCCCCUGAGCGCGGCCAGAAGCUGCUGGUGGAACGGUCCUUUGUGCAGCUCCACAAGUCUCUUGUCUUUGACCUGAGCGGGGUGGCGAAGGACUGGAGAACGCACAGCAGGAACCUGGGCUUGAUCCUGGAGAUCACGGAGAGCAGCGGCGAUGGUGCCUCAGCCCUGGGGAGCGGCGGCUGCACCAGCAUCAACUCCUUCCUGGACACGUCCCUCCUGGUGGUGACCCUCAGCCAGCAGCAGUGCAGAGCUUCCAGGAGGAGGAGGAGGAGUGCUGAGCCCCCCCCCGUCACCCCAAGCAGCCUCUGCAAGCCCCGGCGGCUCUACAUCAGCUUCAGCGACGUUGGCUGGGAGAACUGGAUCAUCGCCCCCCAGGGCUACCUGGCCAACUACUGCCUGGGUGAGUGCCCCUUCCCGCUGACCGCCGAGCUCAACAGCACCAACCACGCCAUCCUCCAGACCAUGGUGCACUCGCUGGACCCCGAGGGGACCCCCCAGCCCUGCUGUGUCCCCGUCAGGCUCUCCCCCAUCUCCAUCCUCUACUACGAUAACAGCGACAACGUGGUGCUGAGGCACUAUGAGGACAUGGUGGUGGAUGAGUGCGGCUGCAGAUAGUGGCAUGUGCGCUGCAGGGCCCAGCUGGAGCCAUGGAUGGGUGCUGGAAUAAAUCCAAGUGUGUUAAA